AUGGAGCUUCAGCACUAUGCCCUGAAGCCCCCCUACACGCGGACCUACUUCACAGUCCCCUCCCACGCGCAGGACACCCUCAGACGCAAUGGCCUCUCGCCCGUCCAGGCAGACGGGGAAUGUCUGACCGCCUUGAUCAUGGCGGCUCACUACGGGCCAUCCGAGGAGGCGGAAUUGCCCAUGGCCUUGUUCGAACCCUUUCUAGUGAUUGAUCCUGCGCAGACACCGACUGGAGUGGUGAGCACCGAGUUCCUGAACUUCUUAAUCCACUCCACUCUGGACAACAUGCCUCAACCUACGACUCCACAAAAUGCUGAAGAAGUGGCGCUGGCCUUUGCCCGCCUAGCCCAUGCCACCGCUCAGGGGCGCCACUCGAUGACCUACAACGACGGUGGGCCGCAGCGGACCGGGUCAACUGGCUCCGAACCCCAAUCGAGCCUCUUCCGGAGGCUCAUUGCCCACAUGGCACCCUAUGCCAAUGAGAUCCCCCACCUCCAGUCAAUACAUGGGCCAGACCUCUUCCAGGAGUACAUGGACCUCUUGGGUGACACACGCUUCCGCACCCUACGUGUUCACUGCCUGGGCCUUGAGGAACUUAUCCGGAUGGGGUUCAACCAGAUCCCCUGGGAUGCGGCGGCGGUGCGCGCCCUCCUCAACAAGCUGCGCGACACGGAGGCUACCCCACACAAGAUCCAGCGCAUCUGGGACACCCUUCGCUGGUUCUCCAAGAGGUUUGGACUGUUGGAUGUUGCCUCCCUCGGUCGGCUCCAGGAGAAGCGCAAAGCACUGCAGGACCAACUGACGCCUACGGUGUCAAAGCCUCAGCGGAAGGCCAUGGUUCCCUCAAAGGAAGUGAUUUGGGCGCUGGAGUGCGGUGCGGUUGCAUGCAGUGCGAGGUUCAAUGACCUCCAACAUACCUCGACUAGCUACCUGCAGAUCAGUUCCUCCACCAUUGAGCUCAAUGCAUGGCAGACCAAGACAGUGUCCGCCUUCAAGAUGAAGAAGUCCCCGGCCUUUGUGGACUCGGGCUACCUGAUCCCCACACUGAGCAAGGAUGGUCUGGGCCUGAUUCCUCGACCCUCCUCACCGGACAGGGCGCUUCGAUGGCUCAAAGCAGCUCUGGGACGACAAGGCCUACGAGGCCCACAGGUGGAGAACCUCUCUUGGCACUCCUUCCGGGUCUUCAUCCCUGAUUGCGCCUUCCAGCUGCACAUCCCUCAAGACCUGGGCCGCUCGCCACCGGAACGGCCACUGAGGCCCACGCCGGAGAGCACGGCCAGCUGGGAGAUGGUGGAUGCGGAGAAGAUCCCAGCUGACUCGGUCGCUGAUGCCUCCGGUCCCUUGCGGGUGAUUGCCACCACACUCAGGAAGAAGGGCACCUACCUCUUCAAGGUUCACCUCCUGGACAACCAGGGCAAGACCAUUGGGCGCGGCUGGCCUCCCAACCUGGCCCGCGUGAAUGAGCUCACAUCGGAUGAGUACAUCGCGAACAUCGAUGCCCACCUUUGUUGCGAACGGUGCUUCAAGCACCACACCUUCCCCGCAGACUGGCAGACACCAUCAGCCCCACAUGCGCCUCUGCCUACUGAGGCCUCGUCAGCCUCCUCGCCAGACUCCGAGGACUCCCUUACGGAUGAUUCGGUCGACACGGCAUCGGAAGCGGAGAAGGAACGAGUGGAUGCGCUGAGUGCGGGGGUCAAGGCCCUCCUCACACAGAAGGGGAUCCCGUACUGGGUGGUGGCCCAGGCGGGCUACACCACCAUGGAGGACCUGGCCGACUGGGACACCCCUGCCCUGGCCAGACAGCACGCGGCUAGGGACCUGAACUUUGCAGGCAAUGACCAUGGGUGGACAAACGAACUCCGGGAACUCAUUUCCAUGCGCAUGUUUCAGUGUGUGCGCCUGGCUAAGGAAACGAUUGGAGAGACGAUCACGGGCCUGGGCCGGGGCCCGGACCAACCCCUACUACCCAUGGGCAAGACCACGGGCCUGGACGCGGUCUGUGACCGCAAACAAAUCCUCGUCCAGCCACGACCCAAGCUCACCUACCAGGGCAGUGACAACUUCCUGAAGAAGCAAUUCAAGCUGUGUGCCCAUGGGAAGAUUGGAUUCUUCCUUACAAAGCAAAUCAUCUCAGCACUUCCAGACACUUAA